AACGAUAACGAUAAAAAUUUUGAUGAAAAAUAUUAAAAAUGUCAAAUUAGGUACUUUUUCUUUUUCAAAAAUGAUUAAAGCUUCUAAGUAAUUAAAUUUUGAAAUCUAAUUCAUUUUACGGAUACGGAGUGAUUGGUUUUCCGUUUUUGCAUCUUCAUUUAUCACAUAAUCCUGUUUCGAUUCAAGUUGAACGCAUGCAAAUUAUUUUUUACCUUCUUAUUUUUGCUUAUAUUAAUCAUUAUGAAAUGGCAUUUAACGAUUUUUAUUCGAAUAAAAUCAUCCUUGCGCCGAUGGUGCGAAUGAACACAUUACCAUUUCGACUCAUUGCAUUAGAGCAAGGAGCUGAUAUAGUUUAUAGCGAAGAAAUAAUCGAUCACAAGUUACUUCGGUGUCAGAGGCGAUACAAUGAACUGCUCGAUGUUAUCGAAUACAUAGAUAAAACCGAUGGCAAUGUGAUUUUCCAAACUUGUAGUAAAGAAAAAGGCAAAGUUAUAUUACAAAUAGGCACUAGCUGUGCAGAUAGAGCCGCUCGAGUUGCUUCAAUAAUGCAGCAAGAUGUGGCUGGCAUAGAUAUAAACAUGGGCUGCCCUAAACAUUUCUCUGUAUCAGGUGGCAUGGGUGCUGCGCUUUUAUCAAAUAAGGAGACAGCUCAAAAAAUAAUACAGAACGUGAAAAAAUCAGUCAGCAUUCCAGUAACGUGUAAAAUACGAGUUUUGGGUACCAUCGAAGAAACGAUUUCUUUUUGUAAAUUAAUGGAAGAAAGCGGUGUAUCAGCGAUUGCUAUUCAUGGAAGAACUAUAAAAGAAAGACCACAUAAUCAGAACAGAGAUUCUUAUAUCGAAGCAAUUGCUAAAGAACUUUCAGUUCCUGUGAUAGCCAAUGGUGGUUCAAAUGACAUCGAAAGUUACGAAGAUAUUAUUAAAUUCAGAAAAGUUACGAACUGUAGCAGCGUAAUGGUGGCCAGAUCUGCUCAAUAUAACUGUUCGGUUUUUAACAAAGAUACGCACUUGGAAUUGGACGAUAUGAUAAAAUUAUACUUGAAAUACGCCAUAGAUUAUGAUAAUUUCUUCUCAAAUACGAAGUACUGUAUUCAAAGUAUGCUCAGAGAAUUACAAGAUACUCGCAGAGGUAAACAAUUCCUUGAAACUGCUACAGUUGAACAAAUCAGUGAAAUAUGGAACAUGAGUGAUUAUUAUCAUGAAAAAAAGCAAGAGAUGAAAACAAAACUGUCACAACUUAAGGAAGAAAAUGUAGCUGGGCACCAAGCUAAGAAGUUGAAAAUAGAAAACGAUACUUCGACAUUGGAUGCGAUAUUCAUUCGUAAUAAUUAUCAAAAUCAAGAUGAUUUACCCAAAUCAGUACUUUUAAGAUUUUCAAAGAAGAAUAAAAUGCCUACUCCAAAAUACGAAACAAGAAAUUCAGAAAAAUUAUUCCAAGCAACGGUGCUGGUGGAUGGGAAAAAAUACGCUUCGACUAGAUGGGUGAAAAACAAGAAAUUUGCUGAGCAGGAAGCAGCGCUGGUUUGUUUAUGUUUUUUGAAAGUGUACGAUGAAAAUGAAAUGCGAAGAAAAGGUUUGAUUACGUCAUGAGGUCAAUUGUUAACUGGUUUUUGAUAAAGUAACAGGUUGUGUACGUCGAAAAGCAUUUUCUUUGUUUGUUUACGAAAUUUCGUUGGAAACCAACUCAUCAAUAAAAUGUACUUGUACAUCAAUAAACGCAUGAAAUUUCAUGAAUACUUAAAUCGCAUUUCGGUUUCAAUGCGUUAGUCAGUGUUAUCGGUUUCGAAUUGAUUGUUGAUUUCAAGAAUAAAAGAUUCUAUUAUUGUC